UUUACUUUUUGGCAUUUUUCUCUUUCCGUUUAAACUUUCCAUGUCUUUCUUCCUUAAAUUCUCCUUUUUCUGUCUUGGAUUUUGGAAGCCAAACAUACAAGAAUGGAUCAGGUACCCAGGAUAUCAGAGGCAGUUUAUUCAUGCAUGUGCCACAAAGUUGGAACUCCUACAGUGAUCUCCAUUAGACGAGAAGUGUCUGAUAUUGCAGAGACUAUAAAGACUCCAUCAGGAAUGAGAAGAGGAGGGAGAACAAUAGUAAGUGGAAGUAGUAGAGAAGGGUUUGGUACCAUGGCAUCAGACCUGGACUUUAUGAACUGGCCCAUCGAUCAUCAAGUUAUUUGGGAUUUAGAUCAGGCAGAUAAAUACGACACAGAAAGGUGUACUCUGAUUCUAAUGGAGUGUUCUGAGGAGCGCCCUGGGUUUGCUUUGUUACAGCUUCUGACUCCCACAAACGAUCAUCAUGUGCGUCGAUCAUGUGUAAGACUUAAUGAUGGAAUAUAUGUGUCAAGUGCAAAAUACAGAGAAUAUACAGGGUCUUUAUUUAGGCAAGACUCUACGGUUCACGGACCUAGUGAAAGUGGAAGGGACGCUGGUCAAGAUUAUGAUUUUGUACAUUGUUUUUCAUGUAAAUCCUGGCCAGUCAUUGCCUUUUCUUUUAUUCUGAGAUGCCAGUCUCAAAAUUGGCCACCGAAACAUAUUGUAAGAGAUAUCAAUAACUCAGGCUGUCAUGUUGUACCAGUAGGAUUCAAAGGAUCACCGCAAGAAGAUUGUGAAUGGAGGAUUUCAUUCUCCGUCGCUGAAUACAAACUCGUUUCUUGUAUGAAUCACACACAGUUUAUGUGUUAUGGUUUGUUGAAAUUAUUCUUAAAAGAGGUCCUAACUGUGGAAGAUACGAAUGGACAGCCCCUCCUUUGCUCGUAUUUUAUGAAAACAGUUUUAUUCUGGGUUAUUCAAAAUAAUACAGUCAAAAACUGGAACCCAUCAAGUUUGUUAUCGGGAUUUUGGUUGUGUUUCAAAUGUUUGUUGUCAUUUGUGUAUCAUGGUUAUCUUCCAAACUUUUUCAUUACUAAAAACAACAUGUUCAUCACAAAGGUAUUUGGACAUUCACAGCAGUUGUUGUGUGAUCGUCUUUUGGAAUUGUACAAUCUAGGAAUUGCAUGCUUAUUACAUUGUCAUUCGAUCAGAGAAAGCUUAACUCGAGCAAUUUAUUACCGGCAGUGUGUAAUAAGUACUAACGAAUCAGAAUUCCGCAUCGACUAUGAGCUUUUUAAUGAAAUUAACAAGUACGACAUUACAGAGAUGUCUUGCCUUAAUAGCGUACAGAUUUUUACUGCACUACAUUUUGCAAUCAGGUUCUCGCGUGUCCCAGACUUAAGUCCAAGACAAGGUGUUACUAUUAGGAAAUAUGUAUCAUCAAUCCUCAGGCACACCGUUUAUCAUAUAUACAAUACAUCCAGCAAUUUGAAUAACAAAAGCAGGCUAAAAAUUAUACGAACUUGUUUGAAAAUGUUAAAGGUUAGUGCAGAAAUUGGAUUUUCUUCUGAUAGGAUUUAUUUGGUUUUAUUUCUUUACUCUAUUGGCAAAGAUAUAGAUGCCAUUCAAGAAAUCAAGAUGAUUAAAAGACUUAUAACGCAGCCUUUUGUCAUGACAGGUUAUAGUGUAGAUGAGGCGAGGUAUUUUGAAAAUGUGAGAGGACUGUCACUGAAUGAGAAAAUGAGGAUAGCUGUAGCCAUGGACAUUCGUUUACCUCAAAAUGCAUUAUAUAUGAUAAAAGAACUAGAGUUAGAAAUAAGAGUGUCAAAAAUAGGUUUUAUUUUAGUACCCCCAUACAUCAUGACACUCAUGUUGAUAGUGUUAUGUUACCGCGGUAACCCAAAUAAACAGCAAGAAGCUCUGAGUGAACUGUUUUCCAUCCUCCAUAGUGAAGAGCAACGUUAUAUUGACAGCUUAUCAGCAGAGAUAUCAUGGCAGAUUCUUGGAAUCUGUCAACAGAUCUGUGGAGACCACCAAGGGGCACUUUUGUCGUAUCAAACCUCUCUAAAACAAGUACCACUUCAUAAAAUACAGGAGGCAACUUAUUACAGAAUACAAGAUGCUCAGCAAAAUGUUUCGUUUUCCUGAGCAAUCAAAUACAAUGUCCUUUCAACAAGUAAAAACAUAUAUCUCAAUGUCUAUACAAUUUAACUGGAGAUGCUUACUCCUUCAAGGCACCUUCUCCCAUUUGAAAUUCCGAGGGUCUGUUUUAUAUCCUGUUCAAAGAUUUGUUUUGUUUGUAGGU